ACCUCUCCCCCGAGCCUGAUGGCCAUUCCCACUUCCCCCAUCCCUCCUUUCUUCUCUCGCUUAUCAGGUUCGUGACGGGACAGCAACGCUGCUCAGAUUGCCCUUUGUGGGUCUCAUCUUUGUCUGGGUGACGCCGCUCCAAAUGGAAUAGCUCUGUGGAUAUGAACCCCACUAUUGAAAGGUGUUUUGUUUGAGGACUGGGCUGAGCUGGGCUGAAUUGGAGUCUGUUUCUGGAGUUUCGGUGAUCUGACCGAGCUGGAUAUUUGCGGAAACGUUCAAUUGUAGGGUGAAUCAAUCCUGGAGCUGAAGAAGUGGGUGGUGUUGAGGGGAAAGGGCCAAUGGGGUCUUCCUCGGUGCAAUUAGGGUUAGCAAGUGGUGGAACCAGUUCGUCGGCCAUGGGGAUAAGGCCAUUGGCAUUGACAACGGCCGCGCACUCGGGCAUUCCGACGUGUGCACAGACUAUUCAGGAGUCAUUGAGCUAUCGUAGGAUUUUGGGUAGGUUGGCGAAUUUGGAGGGGCUUCGUCGAGUAGAACUAAGUGGGGGCAGUAGUGUAGCAUGUAGACGAGGUGGGGAUGGGUUAAGAAAUUUGGUGAUUUUGAAGAGAGGAGCAAUAGUUUGCCGGGCGAGGAAACGAGAUGCGUCCCUGGAGCGGAGCAAUAGGGCGAAUGAAGAGCUAUUGAUGUUUUUCUUCCAACUUGAUUUGACGACAAGGCUGCAGCGGGCGCUUAACCAGGACAUGUACGAAGCGGCGCAGGGUUUGAGGGAGAAGAUUGCCGAGGUGGAGCAGGAGAUGGCUCGGCAGCGCAAGGCGAAGACUGGAUCAGAUUCCUCUAAGAAUGAGGUACAGGAUACAGGGAUCGCAAUAUUGCAAUUGAAAGCGGAAUUGCAGAGGUUGAUUGCAGAGGAGGAUUAUGCUGCUGCUGGUGCCAUUAGGAACAAGUUAACAGCUCUCGAGGCGGAGUCUCUGGCAGCGCAGGUCCAAGCUCUGUCUUACCAGCAGCGAAGCUUUCAAUUUCGGCUAGGGCAGAAGGUCAGGCAUCGGGUCAUUGGAUACAGGGGAGUAGUUUGCGGCAUGGACCCUGUGUGCUGUGAAUCGGAUCAAUGGGCGGAGACAGCUGGUGUGGACGAACUCCCUCGCGGUCGAAAUCAACCAUUUUAUCAGGUUUUGGUGGACGUUCGGGAGGAGCCAUCCGUUAUGGUAACCUAUGUUGCCGAGGAUAAUUUAGUCGCCCCUGAGGAACCCGAUUUUGAACAAUUUGAUCAUCCAUACGUAUAUUUUCUCUUUUAUGGCAUGGAUGGUGCGGGGGACUUCAUAGCUUGUAAGCAAUUGAGAGAAAAAUACGAUGCACCUCGACAUGAGUUGCCUUACGACGAAAAUGAAGGUGAUUGAUUUCUCCCUUUGCGAAGCGGUAAUGCAAAUUGACCACUAUAUCUCAAUCCAUCCACAUGGUUGUGAACAACCAUACCAUGGCAAUGAAUAUGGUUCACAACACCAUCAUAUCUCCACCCCUCCUACUCUUACUUCUAUUUCUCAUUUAUGGUUCCUCCUGAUUGAGUCUCUGAUUAUUUACACUGUAGUUUUUUAUCAACUCGCAAUCACCAGCCUCGGUGUAUGAGUUUCCUUCAAACCAUGCAUUGCUUUUUAUUUCAUCAAGCUGGUCAAACCUUAGCUUGUUUUUGAAACUUUCAACGACACAUUUUUCUGUUUGUGAAAGUUUGUGGGUUACCGGCCUUGGCACCUAAUGUUCUGCCUCAAGUGGAAAUUCUAAA